GAGAAAAACGUUAGAGAUGUGUGAGCGCAUAGAUACACUCUUCCCUCAUAUCUACUGUGACCAGUUCAACUCUGAUAAGAUCCAACUUCCUCUCCGUCCCCCAAACGCUAACGGUUUCAAGAUGAAUUCGUAUUCUCAAAUUUAGAAAUUAUAGUUCUCCCGCUCCUCUUCCGAAGAAAUGUGGAAAAAAUAAAUUAAACUUCCCGAACGACUUCAGACCCAAAAAAUCACGAAAUAAAACCCUCUGGAGGUGAUUUUAAAGCUCAUGACAGCGAGAAUGAUGAAAAAAAAAAGAGGCGGAGCCGCAAGUGCAAUGGCUUGGAGGCUCCGCGCACAUGCACGAAUCCCAGGGGACAGAGGUUUCUUUUGUAUUUUAGUCCGUCACUAGCUGACACGCGUACUCUUUUCUACUCAAGCUACCCCACGCGCGUCUUUUGCUCAUUCACUCUCGCAUUGUCACUGAAAUAGUGUCGCGAAGUUCCUUUGUAAUAUUUUCAAGUGCACGCGAGCAUUUCUAGGAGUGCGAGCCACCCUUUGUCGGAGGGAAAACAGAAUUUUGAAAUUUUUCAUUUACGAGAGAGGGAGAUAAUCAUGGGAAAAAUCGCCAUUUAUUGUGUUAUCAUCGUCGUCGCAGUGGGAAUUCUCGGGGAGGCGUGCGAUCUCGAUCAAAUGAGACACGGUUGCAGGAUUUUUAAUAAUCAGUGCAGUUGCGGGUACGGAUGCAGAGCUGAGUACAGAUACGACUCGAAUGAGUCUUGCAAAAUGGCACUAAAGGGUCGACGUCACGAUAUUUGCAGUCGUCAGCGACCCUGCCUUCAUGACGGCUCGUGUCUUCAGAUUUCACAAGAGCCUGGAUACAAGUGUCAAUGCGAGGGCACUGGAUAUUACGGCGCACGCUGUGAUAGAGAAUGUCCGCGGCCAAACAGCUUGAAAUUCCGUGGUCCAUUCCCAUACGAGUGCGUCGUUAUCUAAAUUCUAUAAAAUUGUCUCCCCAAGCAAAACCACGAUGCAUGCGUUUUUUCUCCCAGCUCCACUUAGUUCCUUAUCACCCUGAAAGAACAGCAUUUUGUUUCUCCAAUGAUACUGUACAUAAAACAAUAAACUAUACAUGAACUGCCACUUCUGAAGUAGAUGAACAGAUUUUGUUAUUGUUUGCAAGGUUUAUUCAUCAAUAGUUUUACAGUGUUUUGUUUUUUUUUUUCAUCUUUUGGUUUCCCUCCUCGUUAUGGUUUCAUCGAAUGGGUUCCGAUGAAAGCACACUUGGUAUCCGUGAACGCUCCAAUUAAUAGUGUAAUCAUGUCUUCGCUUAUCACACUAUUACAAUUAAUGCCAUUCUUACCUCCGUGGUUUCAUUAUUGUUUUCAUGAUUUUCCCUUACAAAAAACGUGAACGACAAACGCAUCAGAAAAUUUUCACCACCUUUAUCUCACUGUACCUUUCUCGAGCAUCACUCGUCCCCCACCCUUUUUGCGCACUUCAAUAUUUUCCUCUGUUUUUCAACUUGAAUUCAUUAUACUAAUUUGAUUCAUCGUGUUUUCUCAAACACGUGACUGAAUGAGGAACUUAACAACGUAUUUAUAUAUUCAUAUAUAAUAUAUUAUCUAGAACAAACUGGUGGCCAGUUUUUUUUGCAUUUAUUUUUCAUGAUUUUCAAAAAAAUUGUUUCAAUUCGAUCAUUUUCCUUUCUUUUUAUAUUUUUGAAUUUUUUUUUAUCCAUAAACAUGCAAUGCG